UCCUGCCGGUGCGCCGCCAUCGUGGGCCCGGCCCACCUCGGGGAAGCGGAUCCGCCCUCGCCCCGCCCCGCCGCCAUGGAGCGGGCCGAGCGCUUCGGCCUGUGGGCCGCGCUGAGCGGAGCCCUGCUGCUCUCGUGCCUGCUCUUCGCCGCCAUCAACCGCCGGCAGCGCGAGCCCUACAUGGAUGAGACCUUCCACGUCCCCCAGGCCCGGGCCUACUGCGCCGCCCGCUUCCGCCAGUGGGACCCUAUGAUCACUACAUUACCUGGCUUAUACCUGGUGUCUGUUGGAAUAGUGAAGCCUGCAGCAUGGCUCUUUGGAUGGUCUGGAAGCGUAGUGUGCUCGACAGGAAUGCUCAGGUUUAUUAACCUCCUUUUCAGUGUUGGCAACUUCUACUUGCUGUAUUUGCUUUUGAGCAAGAUCCAUCAGAAAAACAAGGCUGUGUCUGGUUUCCAGAGAAUAUUAUCUACAUUAACUCUUGCAAUAUUUCCUACCCUUUAUUUUUUUACAUUCCUUUAUUAUACAGACACAGGAUCAACAUUUUUUACUCUUUUUUCAUAUUUGAUGUGCCUUUAUGGUAACCAUAAAACUUCAGCCCUGCUUGGGUUUUGUGGCUUUAUGUUUCGUCAGACAAAUAUUGUAUGGACUAUUUUCUGUGGGGGAAGUGUUGUUGCAGAAAGGCUAAAUGAAGCAUGGAAGACUGAACUGAUGAAAAAGAAAGAAGAAAAGUUUUCAUCUACGAAAGAAUCAUUUUCAGAAAUAAUCAGAAUACUACAGUUCCUUAUUAAGUACAUCAUAUCCUUUAAAAACCUUGUUGCACUUGUAGUUUUGAUUUGGCCAUAUAUCCUUUCAGUAAGUGCAUUUUUUACUUUUGUGGUCAUCAAUGGAGGAAUAGUUGUUGGAGACAGGAGUAAUCAUGAAGCCUGCUUGCAUUUCCCUCAGCUGUUCUACUUUUUCUCCUUUACCCUCUUUUUUUCCUUUCCUUACUUAAUAACUCCUUGUAAAAUUGGAAAUUUCCUUCAGUCAUUACGAAAGCACCCAAUGCACUAUGGUAUACUAAUUGCCAUUUCUUUAUUCCUGGUCUGGAAAUUUACCUAUGUUCAUAAGUAUCUGCUUGCAGAUAACAGGCAUUACACGUUCUAUAUAUGGAGAAAAAUCUUUCAAAGACAUGAAUUUGUGAAAUAUGUAUUAGUUCCAGUCUACAUAUUUGCUGGGUGGAGUUUUACUGAUUCGCUGAAAUCAAAAUCCAUUUUCUGGAACUUAGUAUUUUUUGUAUGUUUGUCUGCUGUCACAGUUCCUCAGAAGCUGUUGGAAUUUCGUUACUUCAUUUUGCCAUUUUUAAUAUAUAGGCUAAAUAUUCCUUUUCCACCUCUUUCUGGGCAGCUUCUUGAGUUUGCUUUAUAUGUUGUUGUUAAUGCAGUAACUUUACAUCUCUUUUUGAACAAAACAUUCCAAUGGCCAAAUAGUGAAGAAAUCCAGAGGUUUAUGUGGUGAUUUUGUGUAUCUUUGUAUUCCUAGAAAGAACAAAUUCUCUGCCUUUUCUGCAAUGAAUAGGGUCAGUAGGCCCUGAAAUUAA